AUUUUCUUCCAGUUGUAUCCCUUUUUGAUAAUAAUUCCCUUCGACAUCACAUCUGUGAGUUUUAUUAUUGAAUAAAAAAAGGUCAAUCACUCCGUUCGCCAGUAAUCAAUAAUGUCUGAUUUAUGUCCAGUUUACGCUCCUUUCUUUGGUUCGAUUGGUUGUGCUGCCGCUAUUGUGUUCACCUGUUUCGGUGCUUCCUACGGAACUGCUAAGUCUGGUGUGGGUAUUUGUGCUACCUGUGUCUUGAGACCUGACUUGUUGGUUAGAAACAUUGUUCCAGUCAUUAUGGCUGGUAUCAUUGCUAUUUAUGGAUUGGUGGUUUCAGUGUUGGUUUCUGAUUCUUUGAGUCAAAAACAAGCAUUGUACACCGGUUUCAUCCAAUUGGGUGCGGGUUUGUCCGUUGGGUUGUCUGGGUUGGCUGCUGGUUUUGCCAUUGGUAUUGUCGGUGAUGCUGGUGUCAGAGGUACUGCUCAACAACCAAGAUUGUUCGUUGGAAUGAUUUUGAUUUUGAUUUUCGCCGAAGUGUUGGGUUUGUAUGGGUUAAUUGUUGCUUUGUUAUUGAACUCUAGAGCUAACCAAGAUGUUACCUGUUAAUUUUACCUUUUGACUUUGACAGCUCUUGUUUGUCCAUGGAAAUUGAAAAAUUCAAAAUAGAUACUUCACUUCUCAAAGGGAACAAUUAACUACCUUGAUACAUACAUACAGAUAAUUGCAAUAUAAAAACUUUUCUAUGUGUGAUCUAGACAUUAUGUACGUACACCUUGCCAACUUGGGUGACAAUCUCAUUUCUAAGAAGUCGAGUCAAAUCUCCAACUGAUUCAGGAAUGCUUCUCUGUUUGAGGUUGAUCUUUAUUCUCCAAUCGUAUGAUUCAGCUUGAGUUCUGUCAAAAUUUGUAAUCGAGUGUUUAUACAACUCUUGAGCUUUUCUGAAAUCGUCUGGACUUGUUUGUUGUUCGAAAUUAUCGAUGAGUUCAAUAAUCACAAUUAGCUCAGGUAUUUGAAAUUGAUAUAUAUCAUCAAUGAAAAAAGGAAUCAACUGAGCUAAUAACAAUGGAUAGAACUUCUUAGGUAAAUGGGUGAACUCUAGCAAAUGAAGUAUCCUAGAGGUUUUGCUCUUAGCCAUUAUCACCGUUGUAUCUGGAGCGAUAGGGUUGGAAAUAGAAUUAUAGAACUCGAAUAAAACCGCAUAAGGAGAAAGACAUUGCUUGAUAACUGGGUGAACUUCGAAGGUGGGAUCUGUUUCAUGUUUAACAACAUUAUUUAUCAACUCAUCUUUUAUGGGUCUAUUAUUGAGCAAAGUGUCCUGAAAUAUCAAUUCCCAAACAAUGUAAUGCACCUCUUUCAUACCCUUUUGAUUAGCUUCAAGAUUACCAUCAGCACUGUAACAAUUUACAAGCAUGUUCAAGGCUUCAUAAAGGUAGCCAUCUUUCAAAGAUUUGGUUCCAUAGAUCCGGUACAAUUCACUAGCAGUUGUUACCAAACCUAAUUUGGCACAAAUUGUUAAACACCACUCAAGAUCAUCGUUUGACUUGCAUUGAUACUUUGGUAGAUACUCUUCAAUGAUUGUUUUGUUAUUAUUAAUAGACAGUACGCUGCUUUCAAU